GUCGCGCAAGGACUUCAGGCAACCGAUGAGCAAACAGGGCUUGAUGAAGCUCUUACAGGCACUUUGCAUCCUGACAGCGCAGGGCGAUCCUGUGGCCUUGGAGCCAGACUUUAAUUUGGUUUCCUUUACGCCUGAGGAUGGCAGCACCUUGAGUGGGCGCCAGGCCUUGACGGCAGUGUUCAAUCUUGCGGUCAUACCGUUGGGAGCAGACCUGGGAGACGGACCGCUUCCGGAGGACUAUGUGCCCUUCAUUCUGCAGGGUGCAGAGGUGCCUGGCCAUUUACGGUGGGUCAGUUCAAGUACAGCCCGCUUUGAUCCAUUUGUGGACUGGCCCAGUGAUCUGAAGGAUGUAACCCUCCAGUUCAAUACCAGACUGAAAAGUGUGAGCGGAAAGAGCUUGAAAGAAUUCCCAAAGAUGCGGCACUUCUCCACAGCUCCUUUGACUUUCUGGGUCCGCGAAGUGAGAUCAGAAAUAUGUGAGAAUCUCACAGACAAUAGCUGGAGCUCGUCUUUGGAGGCCAGAAAGUUCAAGCCCAAACAUGCACACGAAUGUCCGUUUGACGCAAGAGUACUCAUCAGCUUCAACUUUCCAGUGGAAGUGAAAAGGUUUGUGGCUGAGCCCUCUAUGUUUCAGCUAAGAGAAGAUGGGAUGUUUCUUUCUCACACGACGCCAAUUGAAGCAAUUGCGCCAUGCGAUGAUGAGGUGCCGAAGCCUUUACAUUUGGAAAUCGAAGAGCCUGCCGUUGUCAACCAGUCUAGAUGUUUGGAGCUUUGGCUUCCAAAGACUUUGGAGACUCACGGAGAUUAUUCAUUGAGUCUGCGGCAAGGUGCAAGGUACCAUCCAUUUGCUGGUCCAUUUAGUGGGAAUGGAGGUGGUGAUUCAGAUGACUUGAAGUUAACAGGGCUUCGCCCUUUUCGGUUCUUUUUUCUGCAGCGACACUACAGAAGAGAGCUUUUCAAGAUUUACCUUCGACAUGGUUUGAAGGCUCCAGAAGAAUCCUUGGAGCUCUUGGAACAAGCUUUCAGCAUCAGCAACCGUAUAGAUGGGGAGGUGCUGCAGCAUAAACUUAAGUUGAUCAACAAUUCCACAUUGCAGCUGAAGGUGGUUGGUUUGCAGCCAGAAGAGGAGUACACCAUUUCUGUAUCUCCUCAUGGAGACAGUGUCUUUGACGGGAUGGGCUUGCCACUGCAGGCCUCGCAAGGGACACUGAAGAUGGGGGAGAUGCCAGGUGUGUUCCUGGCGCCGCAGCCUCCUAAUCCAAGCUUGUGGACAUCCAGCUGUUCAGAUCGUUUUUUGCCACAAGACAUCCCUGUGGUCUUCCCAUUUCUCCAGCGGCAACCUCCUCGACAAAUGUACAGAAAAGUAGAUCCUGGUGCUCAGAUGCAGGCAUUUGCCUGCUCCAUUUCCUCAACGGACGAACUUGGGGAUUUCCUGACCUUUUUCUUCUCUCCAGGGAAGGCUGACACAUCGAUCCCAGGACCGUGCGCCAAGCGAUCCUUCCAGGCUCAUCCAGGUGUUAUAUUGGUUUCUGGCAAGACGGAGAUCCAGUUCAAUGAGGUUCCGCUUAAUUUUCCAGAUUCCAGGCUUCUCUUUCUGGAGCUGACUUGUGUCGGGAAUGACUUGGGUGCACGCUGCGCAACUGAGCGACCAGCAAGUCGAGCUCGCUUUCUCAACGCGGCCUCAUUCAGUGCUCUCACUGCAUUUGCUGCACCUAGUUCUGCUCCAUAUGCAGCCCUUGGUGAAGUGCGUCAGUCGACCAUCCUUGUGUCAGUGCACAGCUUGCUGGACCAAGAACCCGUGGCUGGCCACCAGGUGGAAGUGUGGGAAAUUCCAAGCACGCGUUGGAUUCAUGGGCGAAGCCUGCAACCCCCAGCCAGGAGGGUGGGAACAGCUUUGACAGAUGCGCAUGGACGAUCUCUUCUGAUUCUUCCUGAGGAACAGACUGGACAAGAGGCCAGAGAUGAAAAGGGCUACGUUGCAGUCAUCGCCAAUCCCAAGACUGGAGAAAUCUUGCUUGGAGACUUGCUUCGGCUGGGCCCUCCAAGCCCAAGGUUUGUGACAGAAAGCGAAGCACUUGCUGCUUCACUUCGCUUGUAUGUCACAACCGACAGGGCAGUGUAUGCACCAGGGGACGCCCUUGCCUUGAUAGGAGUCGUCGCAGCUGUUGGGUCAAAUUGCCCAACCAAAAAACCAGGCAGUGUUUGCUCACCUACAGCUGAAUCUGCUGACAGUGCAUUGAUCAUCUCCGAAAUCAUUUGGAAGCUUGAGCGCCCCGGACAGGAAGAAGUCUGCAGCAUCCACCUAUGGCCCCUGUCGGUGAUGGGUAUGUUUACUGCAAACAUCACGGUGCCGCAAAAUGCAUCCCUGGGAAGACUGCCUGCUGUCUCUAUGUACUGGGCAGGGAAGAUGAUUCAGGUGCCCGAAAGUUGUUCUGCGUGGCGUCAGAUCCGCAGCCAAAUGCAGACUCCAGCGGUGUCCGUUCAGGGGACUUCUUUCCUAGAUAUCUUGAUAGCGGAUCCUCGACCUCCAAGCGCAGUGUUGAUGCUCGGUGCACCUCAGUUCCUGCUGCCCAGCAAGUCGUUGACGAUCAAUGCCACGCUCCAGACGUACACCGGCAUACCGCUUCAGAACCAUGAGCUACAGGUGCAGCUGGUGAAGCAUGGACCUUCGAAAAGAAACGAGAAUCCUAUGCCUCUGAGUACAAGCACAAGCUCUGAGGCGGACGAGGAGUCCACCGAACUUCUGGGCAAGACUGAUUCCCUCGGAGUCUGGUCCAAGGAGCUUCGCAUUGGAGGUGACUUGCCAUGGGUGCCAAAUCUUGGAGAUGAGAUCACUGUUAAGGUAAAGGCUCGGGGGCCAACCGGUGAGAUGCUGACCAAGUCACACAAACUACCGGUGCGUAUUGGGCCGUGGGAUAUCACUUUGAGGACAUCAGCAGACAUGCACAAUGCCGAUGGACCGCUACCAGGCCAGGAAUUCGCUAUGUGGACCUCCCUUGAGGCAAAGUAUGCCACAGAAGGCUGGAGCGUGCACAAUGCUGGACAGUUGUCUUUGGUGGCUGCUGAUGACUCCAAGGCUACAGAGAGCUGUGAUGAAUGGCUUCGAGCCAAGGAGAAGGCAAAGUCACGGGUCCUGGACAAUGCCGACGGCAGGAGUUGCCGACAAGAGAUUCAUACGACCGGAAGAGCGCUCUGCCAUCUCAGGCUACCAAGCACAGGGAAGUUUGCCGUGGUGGCGCAAGUUGAAAUGCGCGAUGAGAUGGACCAGGACCAUACUGUCUCCAGCUGCACGUUCCUGGGGCGUGCAGCAGAAGAUUGGAGGCGGCGGCCUUUGGCAUCACCGAAUCUUUUCAAGCGCUUUGAGGUGCGGCCUUCAGCAGCCUACUUUAUGCCUGGGGACACGGUGAAGCUACAGGUUUGGAAUCCACUGGGAGUGAAGACACGCAUGCUUUUGCUUUGGGGUGCAAAGCCUGCUGUUACAGAGAUUUCAAACGUCGCCCAACGAGAGACGGUCGACCUUGGAGUUCUACGCGAUGAAGAUUGUCCAAUGACUGUUUGCAAGGUGCAUGUCUUUCUGUGGAGCAUCGAUGAUACAAACACGCUGAUCGAGGAUGUCCCGUUGUCCAUACACUAUCCCAAGGGAGCUCCUCUGUGGGCACACCAGGAGGUAGAAUUGCAGAUAGAGCGGCCCUCCAACAUCUUGAAGGUGAAACUGAAGCCUGACAUAAAAGUUGUGAAGCCUGGUGAAGAUGUCGAAAUAGAGGUUGACAUCACACAGCCUCCGAACUCCCAAGCAGAGCUGGCACUCCUGGUUGUAGACAAGGCAUGGCUGGAUUUGCAGCCUCUUAAGCUGCGAGAGCCGAUGGAGGCCUUUGAGCCAGAAAAGCUGUUGUCUAGGGGCCCGCAGUGGCGUGUUGCAACAUCAUUGGAUGGGAUUGCUUCAGCGAAAUCGUUGGUGAAGGCCACUGAACGCAUCCGCCAAAGCUUUAAAGAGAAUCCUUGGACGGGCUACAUUGGCUGGCCACUGGCAUUGCAUCCCGCGGACGACUCCUUGUUGGACGAUGAGCACUACAUGAACAGAUGGGCGGAGGACUUGACAGACUUUCCCAGUCCUUCGUUUGGGUCCUUCCCAGAAUCGGCGCUCCUCCGUGGUGGACCCAUGCUCAUGGCCAAAAGCAUGGCUCCGAUGGCGCUGAUGGCAGACGCUGUGGAAGAGAGUGCACCAGUAGCAGCAGGAGCCGCGAUGGAUGAGGGGACCGAGGCACCUGGAAGUGGGCCAGCAGUGACGCUGCGGAAGCGCUUUGCCAAAUUGGUGGCUUUGAACCGAGCACUGUUGGAAGUUGGUGCUAGCACUUGGAGAACCCGAAUAAGGCUUCCUGAAGAUCUUUCCACAUAUGUGAUACGAGUUGUUGCAGUGUCCAAGGAGGGUGGGAAUUGGUCUUGGGGCGCGGCAGAAACUUCAGUGCACACAGCCCAGCAGGUGUACGGCAAGCCGCUCCUGCCGCGGAUGCUACGGUUCGCUGACGUGUGUCGCAUGGGCAUUGCCAUCGAAGCCACUUCCGGUGAAUCACCUCGUUCACUGGUGGUGGAAGCUCUAGAACUGCAGAAUCUUCGCCUCUUAGACGAGGGCCAGCAAGCUGUCACUAUGCUGGGUACAUCGACCGAGGUCCGCUUUACAUUUGCAGCUGACCUGGCAGUGGGUCCUGCAAGUGUGAUUUUCAGCAUCAAGGAUGUGGAUGGUGCAACGCUGGACUUGGUUGAAGCAACAGUAAAGGUGGAGGAGCAGCAACAGGGCCUGCGCAUAGCAUCCACAACGAGCAUCCAAGCAGAUGCCUCGAAGGCAGUUCUUCGGAAGGAGGCCGUGGCAGCCCUGAAGGCAGUUCCUGGAUCUGGCGAAAUGUCUUUAUCAGCUUCAGCUGGGCAUCAGGCUCCUUUGCUUGAUGCCAUCAUGCAGCUUGCUCCAACGCCUGCUGAUCAUCCUUGGCAGCCUCAAGGAGAGACCAUUCUGGCAAUCUUGCUGGGCGGUCACGUUUUACGUGCCGGCUACGGGAUGGAGGCACAUGAGUUGGAUGCAGCGAUCUCCGUUGCUCAAGCACGAUUGGCUGGUCAGGUUCUCAUGGAUCCCUUCCUCGGCUUUGUCAACACACCACCUGAGCAUCGCCGCUGGCAAACAGGUGAGGAGAAGCCUGAGCUUUUGAGCAAUGCCUUGGCAUUGCUGGUGCUACGAGCCGCAGACUCUUUGGGUGGUGUGCCACCUGCCUGGGCUUCACUGGACAAAGAUGCGCUGGCUGGAGCUGCCUACAAGGCCAUCCAGUUGAGAAGAGCAGAUUGGCAGAGGUGCUGCGCAAGAGACAUUACCUUUGCAAGUUUCAUCGGACACCGGGAACUAGCAAUUUUCUUUCUGGCGCUACCAGAAGCACAAACCAGGCCAGAUUUGCUGCCCCUGUGGGAAGAGAUCUUGCAGACAGCAAUAACAGGACCAAGUGGUUCACAGCUUGACCUGCUGACGCGCUUGGCCUCCGGACAGCUUGGCCAUGGUGCCGUCAUAGAUUUUGGAGCAGAUCGACGAGCGGCAGUGGCAGCAGAUGCUUUGCUCGAACGAAUUCGGGUACAAGGCCCAACAGCAUACUUUGCCGAGAGUCAGGGCAGCAUGCACGCGGCCAGGAGAUCAGUGCAAUCUCUUGCACUGUGGCUUUGGACUGGCAGCAAGUAUGUCAAUCAUCCUUUUGCGCCCUUGGUCGCGACCCAUGUGCUCUCGGGGGGGCUUUGUCCUUGGCAACGACACCUUCCAGCACAGGACAUCAUCAUGGCAUCCCUCGCCCUGGUAGCCUUUGACACAGCCACAGGGUCAUCUCAGUGCAACAUUCCAUUGCAAGUUGUCGCGAAGCCUUCUGGCAAGAAGCUUCUGCAGGUUGAUCUCCAGUCUGGGCAGUCAGGGCAGAAUCCCGUUCUAAGUGCUCGAACUGCUUGGCCAUGGAAUGAGCUGCCCACGCAAUUGGGAAUGAGUGGGAUGGACUUGGAGAUUCAAGCUGGCCCGGGAAGAGGGCUGGCGGUUGUUAGCUAUGGCAUGAACUUUAUUCCAAUGGUGCCCUUCCUGGAACCUCAGUUCAGAGGUCUUUUGGUCCAAAAGAUCAUCCAACGAGCAUCAGCAUCCCAUCCUGGACGCUGCGUCGGGGAGUCGGUGAAAGUGGCAUUCCCUGGAGAAACUCUUUGUGUCACAAUCCAACUUACAUCUCCAGAUGAUUUGGAAGAGAUUGAGGUGCUAGACUUUGUGCCUGCUGGAUUGGAACCCAUAGAUGAGUCACUGGAAAACAGCGAGACAUCAGAUCGAAUUGGAGGAGACUUUCUCUUUGCAGGAGGCUCUUUCUUGUCAUGGGAGCGAGAGAUCCGGCAUGAUUCAGUGAGAUGGCGCACCGGCUUUAUUUGGGCUGGUACGCACACACUUUCGUUCAACUGCUUGGCAAAUGCUCCAGGCGUGUACUCGUUGCCAGCAGCAAAAGCAUACUCAGCAAAGCACCCAGAGGUCAUGGGUCUUAGCGGCGCGGCUUCUUUCCUCGUGGAGGAAACGGGGUCCACUUCCAAUGCAGUGUCUGGGCCACAACUCAGAGAAUUCCGUGCAGCUGUUUGGGUUUAUCUGAAGGUCGAGUUUAGGGAGAGUGACGCCCUUGCCACACCGAAAGCUUGUCCCCAGGCUUGUCCUGCGGCUGGAAGUUGCAAUGUGGCCAAGGGCCGGUGUGAAUGCGCUUCAUCCUCUGGGGAGCUGCUGCCUUGCGAAGAGGUCUCAGUGCAGGUGAAGGCGCCCUUCUCCAAAUUGCUGGGAGGAACGGGCAGUGAGGAAUUUGUGCCACCGCCUGGUGGGAAAGUCCUCCAGGAUACCACAACAACGGCCAACAUGCCAAGCGCUGGGCCUGUGGUUGUGGUGCUUCUUGUUGCAUUGCUUGCUGCUGGCUUUUACUCCUACUUCGCCAAGAUGAAAACGCCAAGGAACUUUGCUCAGCCUGAACAGGAACUGAGUGGUGACCACUUCACUGCGAUGCCUGAGGCGCAACCAGAGUAUGCUGACAGUGAUGUAGACUUUGAGUUGAAAGACUAAUUCGGGGAGUUGGCUGUAGAGAGGAGGUAGCUAAGUAGCAGCAAUGAAACUAAUAGUAGCUGGAUGCAGACCUGGACGAGCAGUUCCCAGAAGGGGGAGUUAAGAUUGCAGUAGGUGGCACAGAGCUUGGUGACACUGUGGGCAUUGUCAUCCUUAUGUGAGCUCUGCGGUUAAUCGGCUGAGACCUGGGACCUAGAGAUCGCACAACAAUUUGGAUUUGUGAGGCUGUUUGCCACGUUCUUUGUGUUACCCAUUGACUGGUACCAGUAUGUGCCAGUUGUCUAUGAUAGUGUUGAGUCUAGGGCAGGCUUGGGUGCACGGGUAUCAUCACAACACACAUCUGUACUUUUGGCUCAAGAGCCAAGAGCCAAAACGGACAGUGGAGUUUCUGUCUGAGGAUUGGUUCGUGUGAGGACAAGGGCAAGAAUUGUCAUUGGGGCCUGGGUUACAACCCAAAGGCCUCAGCUUUGGAAUCGCAUGCUGAGCCAUGGGCCUGGAGUGGCGCUUGCAGCCUUUACAGCACUACCGCAGGGCUCAGGGACUCUCCCCUUAACUUCGCCUUGUCCACUUUGACCCCACCUCUUGAGAAAUUUACCAUGAGCAAAGCCAGAUAGAGUAUCUUCUAAAGGUAAGACUCGUGUCUGGAAGUUGGAGCAUGGCUCUGGAUGGGUUUCCAAUCCAUGUGUAACAUCGAAUCAUCAUACUGAUUGGCGGCUGACUAGGAGCAAUACAUUCUAUCCUUGCUCCUUCACUUUUGUUCUAUCCUUCUGGUGGCAAACUUGUUCUUACAUAGGUAUUCUGAACUGUUCUGAACACUUCAUUCUCAAUGCUUCACGCUUGAAAUUGGAACCACGGCUUUGUGAUUCAAUGAACACGUGUCCGGUGCAUUCACUCCCGCGACCUUUCAGUUGCCAGGCUACACUAAGACGACGCGAUCACUCGUGCGACUCCUACACAGAAAGACUGUUGAGCUCUUGUGUGAUCCGUCCGUUUAAGGAACCGGGAGGAAGUUGGUCUGGUGGACGCUGAGGCAGCUGAGUAAUGGCCAUGGCCCACCUACCAAAUCUUGUACAUAGUUGCGAGAUGCAGAUGCACAUGGUCAGGUGCAAAUAUCUGCAAAGGCACACCAAACAGACUCCAACAAAGAGCAUGCGCUCGUCUUCCUCUAAAAUGCAGGGCCUUUGUGCGCCGACGCCAGUUGGACCCCGUGAUGUCAAAUCGCAG